AUGAUACUUAUUGCUCGCUUUUACCACUGGCCCAGUGGGAGUGCAGUACCUGCACCUUGGGACAAGGGAUUCAGGACUCAACAUCUGCCACUACUAAGGAGUGAAGAGUGGCUAGCUGCCUGGGCUGUGCUCAGACUGACCAAGCUGUAUGAAUCCUGUAAAGUGAUGGUUACAGGUGCAAUGAAGAAAGGGGAACCUGGGAUGCCUGUCUGGAACACAGGGACCCAUACGCUGACUCUGUAUCAUGGCCCUGUGCCACCUGUGGCAGCCUUGUCAGCAGUGUCAGCAGAGCAAAAGCAUUGUGGCUUCAAGAUGUACGGUGAUGCUAGCUUGAGAUUGCACAUCUUCAGCACCCAGAAACCUGAGCUACCCUUCCCACCAGAGUCACCACUCACACUUGACCCAGCAAAAACCUGCCCUCAUGAAGCUUUUAUCCAUCAUGUCAGGAAGACCCCUCCUGUGGAACUUUUCAGUGAUGGAGAUGGCUUUGACCUAUACAUCGAUGGAGCCCGCUUUCUGCCUGAUGAUGUCACUGUUACCAGGGUUGCUGCUCGCAUCUUCACCAGUGAUUUCAGCCAAAUUGGCCCAGACAUUUUCACUGGGAUUGAUCUGAAUAGCAGCAUCUUUGAUCCACUUUACAACUACUCAGUCAAAAUCCGAGAGGCAAUUAUACCACCUUGUGCAACUCUCCUAUUAAAGAUUUAUUCCAUCAGUCGUUUGACCUCUGAGCUCAUCCAGAUUGGUUGGGCAGCUCUCAGUGUUUUUGUGGAAUGUGGAACACACACAAUACCUGAACCAGGGGGCCAGGGGAUCCAGGUCUCCCUAAAUGAUGGUGCUCAUCAGCUCCGUAUUUUUCACAAUGGUCCCUGCCCAGAUCAGCCCUUCUCUACCAGUUCCCUGACCACAGUAGGACGGUAUGUGCCCUGUGCAACUCUGCUAGUGAGGCUUAUCAAGGCACCUGUAAAUUCCAACCAUCAAACCUUGCAAAGGAACAUGGUCCCCUGGAAGAACUGGGCCAAGCUGGGCCUCUUCCAGUCCAGGCCUGACUAUUCUGAUGUGGUCUAUUACUCAGAUUCAGCCAAGCCUACCGCUGGAGAAAGUUGCCUCUAUGAAGUCAUGGGAAACAGAUCAGCUGUUUCAGUUCGGGAAAUUGUUCAUCAGCUUGAAGGUCAAAAGAGCCUAACCACAGAUGAGGAAAUCUGCACCUGGAUCCACCAGAAACUAACCCGGGUGGCAGGCAGCAGGCCACAGCCUUUCAAUCUUACCUGUAUCUCCAGAUACAUUCCUAGCUACGGCAUCAAGUUUGCAUUGGACAGGGGCAUGAACUUACCAUGGUCUGGUUUGACAGUGGCCCAUUUCUGCUUCAACCCACCUGGGGCAUGUUACUUUGGAGCUCAAUGGCAGAAGUACGAUUAUCCCAUCUUUGUUGAGGAGGUUGACAAAAACAGUUACCAACAAUGGCCUGCAUGGCUUGAUGGCUUCAAGUCUUGUCCCCACAGGGUUUACCAUGAAUAUUCAACCAUUAUUAUCCACCUGUACCAAAGUGUGGUGAAUGCUGCCCAAGAUGCUUUGGGUGAAAAGGAAAAUGUUCAAACCGCACAGAGAAGAGCCAUGCUAAAGGGGGGAAAGUUACAUUACAGUCUGAGAAGCAAGGCAUGGACUGCUCUUCAUGUGUUCUCUAGAGGUUACUGCAACACUGGAAUUUACCAACUGCCCUUAUACCAGGGGACUCCCAGCCAGAGCACCCUGACUUCCUUAUCUGAAGGGAAAUGCAUCAGCAUUAUGAACAGAAUGCUGCAGAAGAAAGAGAUCCAAUUGGUCCCAGGUGCAUCUGUGGUUGUACGUGUUGCUGAUGGAAGAUGGGAUAACGAACUCAGAUAUAAAUCAUGGGAGAUUGAUCAAUCAUAUCUGCCAAAGACAACAGAUCUAUAUGACAAGGAACCCUCUGGAGGAAAAAUUACAGAAUUAAUACCACAGAAGACAUCACAAAAACAGACAAGGCUGAUGGCUUUGGAACAGCUUUAAAGGAACAAGGCACUUAGCCCAUACAUCAUCUAUUG